AUGGCUGCUUUACUUAAAGACCUGGCCCUUUGGGGUCUUGCCAUUUGCACUAUUUUUAUAGUUGUUAAAGCAAAUACUAGUGUCGAGCCAAUCGGAGAAAGCGUUGAAUUUGAGUUCAAGAUUGACGGGCAUAAUCCUAACUUGUAUGGUGAUGGAAUGGCCGUAUGGUUUACCACGGACCGUGCAAAGCCCGGGCCUGUAUUUGGAUUCAUUGACAAAUUCGAAGGAUUAGGCAUAUUCUUUGACACGUAUGCUAACUCUAGACAGUCACAUUCAUUUCCCUAUGUAAUGGCAAUGUUGGGUGACGGUCAUACUGAAUAUGAUAAUGCAAAUGAUGGUAAAUCUAAUGAAAUUGCCGGAUGUGAGGUAAUAUGA